AUGUGGGCUGAGGUGUUGCUUCUGCCCUGCAGGGCCGGGCUGCGGCUGUUCCCGCCGCUCCGGCUGCGGCACCGAGCGCCGGGCGCCAUGAAGCUGCAGUCUCCCCAGUUCCAGGCGCUCUUCACGCCGGGGCUCCGCAGCGUGGCAGAAUUGUUUGAGAAGAAGAACUAUGAGCUGAGAAUAGCCGGAGGUGCUGUGAGGGAUUUACUAAGUGGAAUGACACCGCAAGAUAUAGACUUUGCCACUACGGCUACACCAGCAGAGAUGAAGGAAAUGUUCACAUCUGCUGGUGUUCGUCUGAUCAAUAACAAAGGAGAGAAACAUGGAACCAUUACUGCCAGGCUCCAUGAACAGAAUUUUGAAAUUACUACUCUUAGAAUAGAUGUUGUCACCGAUGGACGACAUGCAGAGGUUGAAUUCACCACUGACUGGGAAAAGGAUGCUGAAAGGAGGGAUCUGACUGUCAAUUCCAUGUUUUUAGGUUUGGAUGGGAUGCUGUAUGAUUUUUUUAAUGGAUAUGAAGACUUGAAAAACAAGAAAAUUAGAUUUGUAGGAAAGGCAAGUGAGAGAAUACAAGAAGAUUAUUUACGAAUCCUAAGAUAUUUCAGGUUUUAUGGAAGAAUCGCAGAAAAACCUGGUGAUCAUGAACCUAGUACACUGCAAGCAAUUAAAGAAAAUGCCAAAGGUUUGGCUGGAAUAUCAGGAGAAAGGAUUUGGGUGGAACUGAAAAAAAUUCUUCUUGGAAACCAUGUAAAUCAUUUGGUUCGACUUAUGUAUGAGCUGGAUAUUGCCCAGUACAUAGGACUACCACUUGAUGGAAAUAUAGAGGAAUUUGACAGAGUCACUGAAAAUAUUCAAAAUCUGUGUCCAAAACCGAUGACUGUUCUGACAUCAUUGUUCAAGGUGAAGGAUGAUGUCACAAACCUUGAUCUGAGGCUGAAAAUCUCAAAAGAAGAAAAAAACCUCGGCCUUUUCUUAGUGAAGCACCGGCAAGAGUUAACCAGGGCUAUGGGUCCAGAACCACUUAGACCGUAUCAGGACUUCAUAAUGGAUUCUAGGGAAGCUAAUACAAAUUCCAAGAUCUGUGAGCUUCUAAAAUACCAAGGAGAAGAACAUCUUUUAAGAGAAAUGCAGCAAUGGACUGUUCCUUCUUUUCCUGUUAGCGGCCAUGAUUUAAGAAAAAUGGGUGUGUCUUCUGGAAAAGAAAUUGGAACAGCGUUACAGCAGUUAAGGGAUGAAUGGAAGAAGAGCGGAUACCACAUGGAUAAAGAAGAACUGUUAAGUUGCCUGAAGAAGUUGUAAAAUUGAAUAAUAGCAGAGAACUGUUUGUGCCCUGUUCUAAGUGUAACUGAGAUACCAGUAAAUAUUUUGUCACUGUACUCGCAGCCAACAUAGCAUUUGUCAUAUUUAAGAUCUUCAGACAGCACAGUUCUCCUGUUACUAUUUUGUAAUUGCUGCAAGGAGAGGUUUAAUUUUGUAGUAAUAUGUAAAACGUUAUUUGCCGAAUUCCACAUUCUCUACCUCUUUUUGUUGUAUUUUCAUGAUAAAUAUUUAACUACUUUAUCUUGACUCUGGGGCAUUAGAGGUGACACCAAGAUUUUUCUCUUUCUGACUUUGCUACAUCUAAAAAAAAAAAAAAAACCAACAACAAAAAAACCCAACACAAAAGGUGUUUCUGUCCUCUAGAUAAAAUCAUGGGGGCUUUUUGUGCCUAGGAGAGUGACAAAGUGUCUAGAAAUAAUGAGCUCUCAAUCUUUUUGUAGUGAAAGCCAGAUACCAGAUUGAAAUACUCACUCCAGCACUUCCCAAACAGUCUUACCAUGUAAAACAAGUCUUUUUUCCUAAAAUAUUUUUAUUUUCCAUAAUUCCAGAAUCAAUUUUAGAUUAAAAGGAUGACUUAGCUGA